AUGGAUACUCUUGAGCAAUACGUUUUAGAACCAACUGAAGAAUUUAUUUUAGAUAGUAAACGAUUCAUUACCAAAUGUAAUAAACCAAAUCAAAAAGAAUAUAACAAAACAAUUUAUGUUGUUUUAAUUGGAUUUGCUAUUCUUGGAUUUUGUGGAUAUUUUAUUAAAUUAGUCCAUAUACCAAUUACUGGUCUUUUAAUGUCAUCAGAAUAA